AUGAAGCUUCCUUCGGCUCUAUCUCAUUCUCAUAUCUAUUUUUCCUUUUCCAUGGUCUAAUCCUUGUAUCGCUUCUCCGUCUUCUCUUCUUCGAUAUCACGUGCUUUUCUCAGCAUCUAAUCGCCGUUUCACCGUCGCAGACGCUCCGGCAACGUCCCAAUCAUGCCUUUUUUUUUCUUUCUCCGGAAAUUGCUGAUCUGUUAACGGCAGAAGUUUGGCGAUCGAUUAUUUGCUUGAUUUGGUUUUGGGUUUUUAUAUUUUUGGACUCCAACAAUUGUGAGAGAUAUUUCUAUUUGAGACUUUGUUGAUUUUACUUGAUCAGCACUUGUAUUAUAUGUAAGUAGGCAAACACUCUUUCUGCAAGUGAUGGCCUCAAGAUCAUGUGCAAAUUUUUUGGACUUGGCUUCUGGAAGCCUGCUGGAUAUCCCUCAUACUCCUAGACCUCUUCCACGGGUGAUGACUGUUCCUGGAAUCAUCUCUGACUUGGAUGGAUAUGGCAGUAAUGAUGGGGAUUCUGAUGUUUGUCAUGAGCGGAAAAUUAUAGUGGCAAAUAUGCUGCCUUUGCAUGCUCAAAGGGAUAAAGUGACUGCCAAAUGGUGCUUUAGUUUAGAUGAAGAUGCUCUUCUAUUGCAUUUAAAGGAUGGUUUCUCCCCUGAAACAGAGGUUAUUUAUGUGGGGUCUCUCAAGGUUGAAAUAGAUGCAAGUGAACAGGAAGAAGUUGCACAGAAACUGCUGGAGGAUUUCAAUUGUGUACCAACAUUUUUACCUCAUGACCUGCAUAAAAAGUUUUAUCAUGGGUUCUGUAAACAGCAACUGUGGCCUCUUUUUCAUUACAUGUUGCCCAUGUGCCCCGACCAUGGCGAUCGCUUUGAUCGCGUGCUUUGGCAGGCCUAUGUUUCUGCUAAUAAGAUAUUUGCAGACAAGGUCAGAGAAGUGAUCAAUCCUGAUGAUGAUUAUGUUUGGGUUCAGGAUUAUCACUUGAUGGUUCUCCCUACAUUCUUAAGGAAGCGCUUCCAUCGUGUCAAGCUUGGGUUCUUCCUGCACAGUCCAUUCCCCUCAUCAGAAAUAUACAGAACCCUACCAGUUAGAGAUGAAAUUCUCCGAGGAUUGCUGAAUUGUGAUCUAAUUGGCUUUCAGACAUUUGAUUAUGCUCGCCACUUCCUGUCCUGCUGCAGUAGAAUGCUGGGUCUGGACUACGAAUCUAAGCGGGGACACAUUGGACUUGAUUACUCGGGUCGGACUGUGUAUAUCAAAAUUCUGCCUGUUGGGGUUCAUAUGGGUAGACUUGAAUCUGUACUGAAUCUUCACUCUACAUCUGCCAAAAUCAAAGAAAUUCAAAAACAGUUUGAAGGGAAAAAAUUGAUUCUUGGUGUGGAUGACAUGGAUAUAUUUAAAGGUAUUAGUCUGAAAUUUCUUGCUGUAGAACAGCUCUUACAACAGCACCCAGAGUUGCAAGGAAAACUAGUACUGGUUCAAAUUGUGAAUCCGGCAAGGAGCACAGGGAAAGAUGUCCAGGAAGCAAAAAGAGAGACAUAUUUAACUGCUGAAAGGAUCAAUGAAACUUAUGGUUCCCCAAAUUAUGAGCCGGUGAUUCUCAUUGAUCGUCCUGUUGCUCGCUAUGAGAAGUCUGCCUAUUAUGCUGUGGCAGAAUGUUGCAUAGUGAAUGCUGUAAGGGAUGGAAUGAACUUAGUUCCUUACAAGUAUAUUGUCUGCAGGCAGGGAACUCCACAUAUGGAUAAAGAAACAGGCAUGAACUUGGUUUCUCCUCCCACCAGCAUGCUUGUUGUCUCUGAGUUUAUAGGUUGCUCACCUUCUUUAAGUGGAGCAAUUAGGGUUAACCCAUGGGAUACUGAUGCUGUGGCUGAAGCCUUAAAUUUGGCAAUUACCAUGCCCAAUUCUGAAAAGCAGUUGCGUCAUGAGAAGCACUAUCGAUAUGUUAGCUCUCAUGAUGUGGCCUACUGGGCACGCAGCUUUAUGCAUGAUCUUGACAGAGCAUGCAAGGAUCAUUAUAGCAAACGGUGUUGGGGAAUUGGUUUGGGACUGGGUUUCAGAGUUGUUUCGCUUUCCCCAAGUUUUAGGAAAUUGUCUAUUGACCAUAUAGUCUCAACCUAUAAGAGGACAACUAGAAGGGCAAUAUUUCUGGAUUAUGAUGGGACUGUUGUACCACAAUCUUCUAUUAUUAAAUCCCCCAGCCCUGAAGUUAUAUCUGUUCUGAGUACUUUAUGCAGUGAUCCUAAGAACACUGUAUUUAUUGUUAGUGGCAGGGGAAGGAGUUCACUGAGUGAGUGGCUUGCCCCAUGUGAAAGGUUGGGAAUAGCAGCUGAGCAUGGGUACUUUAUGAGGUGGAAUGAGUCCACCAAGUGGGAAAGUUGUAACUUGGCUGCCGACCUUGACUGGAAAAAAGUUGUGGAGCCUGUGAUGAGAUUAUAUACUGAGACGACUGAUGGCUCCAACAUAGAGAUUAAAGAGAGUGCUUUAGUAUGGCACCAUCAGGACGCAGACCCAGAUUUUGGAUCCUGCCAAGCAAAAGAAUUGAUGGAUCAUUUGGAAAAUGUACUUGCAAAUGAGCCAGCAGUUGUGAAAAGGGGCCAGCAUAUCGUUGAAGUUAAACCACAGGGAGUGAGCAAGGGGUUGGUGGCAGAGAAGGUUCUCUCAACAAUGGUCAAUGAUGGAAAGCCUCCAGAUUUUGUAAUGUGCAUUGGAGAUGAUAGAUCUGAUGAAGACAUGUUUGAGGGAAUAUUCAGGACGAUAUCUAGCCCGUCUCUGUCUAUGAGUCCAGAGAUCUUUGCCUGCACUGUGGGACAAAAGCCGAGCAAGGCCAAGUACUAUCUUGAUGAUACUACUGAUGUUGUGAGAUUGCUUCAAGGCCUAGCUACUGCUUCAAAUCCAAAGCCUAGGAAAACAUUUGGGUCAUUGAUCUUAACCAGUGGAAGCUUGUUGCGGAUAUGAUUUUUUGUUGGUCAUUGAAUUGGUUCAAGCCGCUUGAAGAAGGUGAGUGGGAGAUCGAAGUGUCUGCUAGGAUGGUUAUAAAUGGUGAUGAAGAUCUUGUAUUUCAAGAAAGAAGCAUCUUUGGGGCGAAUUAUCUUACCAACUUCAGGUUUGCAGAUGUUGUUGCGGUUGUUCAUACUGAGUAGAAGGUACUCCAUUCAUUCCUCACCAAAACCUUGUAGGCCCAUAGAACCGAGUAAUACUUGGGUUUGGGUGACCCUAUCCUGUGGGGUAGACUGUAGGGAUUCUUAUCAAAAAAGAGAGAAAAACGGCAUCACUGAUUUGUACAGAGACGUUCUUUUCUUUCUCAUACAUGAUGUCAGUUUGAAGAAA